AAAUAAAAUCUUUAAAACAAAAACAAAAGCAAAAGAGAAUGACACUUUUGAGAAGGAAAGUUUGAAGAUGUAUAUAUGAAUGAAGAAAUAACAGGAGAGAGGCCAAGGCAAGAGGGAUGAAAUCCAGCCAGCACAUAUGGAAGUGUUGGUCCUUGCAAGGAGAUACACAUUUUCCACAUAAGAGAAUAAGGGAAAGAUGCAUGCAGUUUCCAGCUAAAUUUGCUGGUGACUUGGCUUCGUUUUUCUCAGUGAAGUGAGAUCAGCAUAAAAUGGGUCUGAAGAACAAGUAGACUGCGUGAAGUAAUUCUUGCCCAGUGGUGGAGAGUGCCCUGUCUGAAGAGACGUGACAGGAUUUCCAGCUACUCAGGGCUCAUUUGAAGUUCCUGAUUAUGAAUUUGCCGUGACAUGCUAUGUUGGGUGAAUCCUCCCCCUCUCCAUAGAUGAUUAGCUGCUGGGUGUUGACACAAAAAAUGUGGAUAGUGAAGUUCUUCCAGAAAUGGAGUUUUGUCUCGAGAGUGUCAGGGAGGAGGGAACAAGGAGUUGAGGGUAUUUGCAGAGGAGUAAUUUAUACUUUAUUUUCUACAGUAAAUUAUACUGAGCCAUCCCUGGUGGUCUAGCGCUUAAGAUAUUGGCGUGCUCAUCAUGGUGGCCAUACCACCAUCUCUCAGUCGUCAUACUGUGGUGGCUGUGUGUUGCUGUGAUGCUGAAAGCUGUCCCACCAGUAUUUCAAAUACCAUCAGGGUCACCCAUGGUGGACAGGUUUCACCGGAAUUUCCAGCCUAGGCAAACUCGGAAGGACCUGGCCACCCACUUCUGAAAAAAAAACUGGCUAUGAAAACCCUAUGAAUAGCAGUGGAGUCUUGUCUGAUGUGGCACUGGAAGGUGAGAGAAUGGAGCAAAAAGACUGGGCAGGGUUCCACUCUCCGGUGCACAGGGGUGCUAGGAGUCAGGAUUGACUUGAAAGUACUAACAAUAAAAUUUACACUUGGGACCGUGGAGGGAAUUUAAUCAAUUGAAAGUAAUGUGGAGGUCAAUGAAUUAAUUGCAUGUUGAAGCAUUUGACAAAGAUAGCAAUCAGUCUCUGGCUUAUCACUUUCUAUUCAUGUCUAAUAUGGUGCCAUGCCUUUCAAAUAUCUGUUGAAUGAACAAAUGCCAGUCCCUCUUAGAGGAGAAAUAGGCCUUUACAGUCUCACCUCCCUGUCACUUCCUACUCUUCCGCAGUGCUCUGGGUGUGGCAACCCUUUACCUCCUGAAUGCUUUGAAGGUGAGAGUAGGCAGGCCUUAUCCUCUGGCACACAGUAAUCACUGAAGAGAUGUUUGUUGAAUGAUUGACCAUUGAUCUCUGCUUGAACAGUUCUUUGUGUUGUAUUGAAAUUGUCAGAUUUCUUGGUUGUAUUCCCCACUAAGCUGUUAACUCCAAAAGGAUUAAAACUGUAUCUUACUCAUCCCUGUACUUUUAGUGGCUGGCACAGAACAGGCGAUAAGUGAGGGAUUGGAAUAACUUAAAUUUCUUCAAAAUACAACAGAAGCUACAACAGAUCAAAUCUUCCCUUCAGGAGGAGGCAUCUCCCUACUCUUUGGUCAACAUCUGCCUGGACUUCCUGAUUGCUAACCUGGAGAAAUUGUGUUCUGAAAGGUCUGAUGGGACCCUGUGCCUUCCGGAGCAUUGGAGUUUCCCUCAGGAAGUAGCUGAUCGAUUCCUUGGAGUGAUGACGUGGCAAGGCAAGCUGACUGAUAGAACAGCGAGCAUUUUCCGGGGCAACCAAAUGAAACUGAAGCUGGUCAAUAUUCAGAAAGCUAAAAUCUCUACAGCUGCAUUCGUAAAAGCCUUCUGCCAUCACAGACUCAUUGAACUGGAUGCUACUGCAGUGCACGCUGACCUCCCAAUCCCAGACAUCAUAAGUGGACUCUGCGGCAAUAGCUGGAUCCAGCAAAACCUCCGGUGUCUCCUGUUGGACUCAGCAAGCAUCCCUCGAGAUUCACGAUUGCUCUCCUUUGGUCAGCUCACUGGUCUGCGCAUUUUAAGUGUUUUCAAUGUUAGUUUUCAUAGUGAAGACCUGGCUGAUGUUUCUCAGCUACCAAAACUGGAAAGCUUGGAUAUCUCCAAUACUCUAGUCACUAACAUCUCUGCCCUCCUUACCUGUAAGGAUCGACUCAAAUCUCUCACAAUGCACUAUCUGAAAUGCCUAACUAUGAGCAAAUCACAAAUUCUUGCAGUCAUUAGAGAACUUAAAUGUCUGCUUCACCUUGAUAUUUCUGAUCACAGGCAACUCAAAUCAGAUCUGGCUUUUUAUUUGCUACAGCAGAAGGAUAUUCUGCCUAAUAUUGUGUCACUGGAUAUUUCGGGUGGCAGUUACAUCACCGAUGGAGCUGUAGAACUGUUUAUACGGCAACGACCUGCGAUGCAAUUUGUGGGACUAUUGGCUACGGAUGCUGGUUAUUCUGACUUCUUUACUACAAAGCAAGGCUUGAGGGUUGCUGGAGGAGUCAGUAUGAGUCAGAUUUCAGAAGCACUGAGCCGAUACAAGAAUAGGUCAUGUUUUAUGCAGGAGGCCCUCUACAGGCUCUUCACGGAGACGUUUUCAAUGCAGGUAACCAUGCCUGCUCUUUUAAAGCUUGUGGCUAUAGGAAUGAGGAAUCAUCCAUUGGAUCUGCCAGUGCAGUUCACAGCCAGUGCAUGCGCCCUCAACCUAACCCGCCAAGGCCUGGCCAGGGGGAUGCCUGUUCGUCUGUUGUCAGAGGUCACCUGUCUACUUUUCAAGGCUCUGAAAAAUUUCCCCCAUUGUCAGCAGUUACAGAAGAAUUGUCUUCUCUCCUUAACCAAUUCGAGGAUUCUUGUGGAUGUCCCAUUUGACAGGUACGAUGCUGCAAAGUUUGUUAUGAGAUGGCUCUGUAAGCAUGAGAACCCCAAAAUGCAGACAAUGGCGGUGAGCGUCAUCUCAAUUCUAGCCCUGCAGCUCUCUCCCGAGGAAGCCACACAACUUCAGGAAGAGCUCUUCAUAGCAGUGAAAGAACUUCUAGCAAUAGUAAAACAAAAGACUACUGAGAACUUAGAUGAUGUCACCCUCUUGUUUACUUUGAAAGCACUUUGGAAUCUUACAGAUGAGUCUCCAGCCGCCUGCAAGCACUUUAUUGAAAAUCAAGGACUGGCAAUCUUCAUCCACGUCUUGGAGACUUUUUCAGAGUCAGCAAUACAAAGCAAAGUACUUGGUCUUUUGAACAACGUGGCUGAAGUCAGAGCUCUCUCCUCUGAGCUGAUGGCAGAGGGUGUGGUGAAGCAUGUCAGCAGCUUGCUCCAGAGCAAAGAAAUGGAAGUCAGCUAUUUUGCAGCAGGUGUCAUAGCCCACCUGACGUCUGACAGCCAGCCCUGGAGAUCCCGUGGCCUUCAGAGGAGCGCUCUUCUCCAGGAUCUGUAUGCAACCGUCCAGAAUUGGCCAAGUUCAACUUGUAAGAUGAUGGCGUUGGUGACCUACAGAUCCUUCAAGGCAUUUUUCCCACUCCUUGGCAACUUCUCUCAACCAGAGGUUCAGCUCUGGGCACUAUGGGCCAUGUAUCAUGUCUGCAGUAAAAACCCCAGCAAAUACUGCAAAAUGUUAGUGGAAGAAGAAGGACUGCAGCUUUUGUGUGACGUCCGGGAGCGCAGUGGAGCAGAUCCCCAAGCACAGCAGAUUGCGGCCUCCAUUCUAGAUGACUUCAGAAUGCAUUUUCUGAAUUAUCGGAGCCCCCCUCUGUGUUGA